CGCCGGACCAAAUCAUACAUCGUGAUGAUAAGGUUUCCGCAGUCCAGCAAAUGGAUCAGGCAGACUCUCAGCGAGGCUCACCACCCAUCCUAUUCGACCAGCCAAGUCAUGGAUCGCAGGAUGACUCGAGUCAUCUUCCUUGGAGCAACAAGAUAUCUAGCCAAAUCAAUACGGACAUUCUCGGUCAGUCUGAUUUUGUCAACGAUCAAGUAGGCUCUCAUGCGUCGAUCGAUAACGCUCUUCAAACCAACGGCCUCUUUACGCCACCCCAAUCGAACUGCAUUGGGCACUUCUCAAACAAUCUACAGCUGCAACAAUCUCUCAACGCCGCGGCGUCUGCGGACUGUCGGCACACAUCCAACGACCAAGAAACCUUCCUCACAUUUCUUAAAGACGGUCUCCGAAUCAACAAGCUCACGACGUUAUCGCCGCCGCGUCAACCGAGCUAUCUCGAGGAUUCUCUGGGUCACACGUUAUCAGAACAGUCUGCCAAUGCCGCAGCCUUCUCACAAGGCUCAUAUCCGGUCAACAACCAACACUCCUCUAUCACAGAUCACGGCAACGCUUUCCUCGGGUUUGUCGACGUCGUUCAACAAACCAGUGGGCUCGCGCCGGCACGGCCUCGACCAAGUCAUCUCGAGGAUUUCUUGAACUAUACAUUAUCAGAACAAUCUGCCCAUACCGCAGCCUACUCACAAUGCUCAUACCCAGCCAGUGAUCCACAGACCACUCUUAUAGGUUUCGACAACACUGUCCAGCCCUCGUUAGCUUAUUCGAAUUAUCUUGGGAAUUUCCCUAACUAUACAUUGGAGCAGUCUGCUAGUGUAGCAGCCAACUCACAAUGCUCAUACCCAGCCAGUAAUCUACAGACCACUCUUACAGGCUUCGACAACACUGUCCAGCCCUCGUCAGCUUAUUCGAAUUAUCUUGGGAAUUUCCCUAACUAUAUAUUGGAGCAGUCUGCCAGUGUAGCAGCCAACUCACAAUGCUCAUACCCAGCUAAUGAUCCACAGACCAUUCUUACAGAUCCCGACAACACUUUCCAACCCUCGCCGUCGUUUGAUUCGACCCGUCCUGGGAAUCUCCCGAGUCAUACAUUGUUCGCAGAGUUUAAUGAUGCCACAGCCUACUCACAAAUUUUAUAUCCGGCCAACAAUCUACAAGCUACUCUCGCAGAUCUCGGCAACGUCCACCAAACCUCGCCGCGCUCUUAGUCGAGCUGCCAUGAAGCCUGGGAGAACAAUACUUUGGCCGAAUGUGUCGGACAUUCUUCUAUCAUUAUUCCUUUGAGCCUGGCCUUGACAGAA